AAUGCCUCCCAGAAAGACUAGGAAGUGUACUUCGGUCACUGUGAAAAAUCAUGCAGAAAAAGCUCAUGCUACAUCAGCAACCCCUGCUGCUUGUUCAGAAAGCGACACUGCUUCCCCACUGCCACAGGCAUGCCCUCCUUCCUCCAGCACAGUCGCUGUGUCACUUCAGCAUCCACCUGUAUCACUGGCUGUGCCUCGCCCAGCUGUAAUACCCGACAGCAUGGCUACACCACAAGUAUUUGCUGAAGUCGAGAGCCUUCUCCCUCUUUCUUUCAACAAGAGAAAGAAAAGGAGAAGCCUGCGAUUUAGGUGUGGGCAUCGGCAAGUUGGCAGUAAGGAUGAUUCCUUUUGACAGGAUCGCAGUUUUGGAGGGCUCGAUCACAACCAAAGAUGUUGCCAUUGGAAAGCUUCAUGAAUUUAAGUAUGUUUCUUUACUGUUUUACACUAGUGAUGAAAAACGCAGGUGUACUGUAACCAAAACGUUAAAUUACAUCAAAUCUGUAACAAAAAAUACACUAUGAAUAUGAAAUAUAGAAAAAGUAAAAUCAGACCAAAAUAUUUCCUAUGUACAAAACAAUAAAGUUAGAAAGAGGGGUCAACCAGAGAAAGAUAUGAUUGCAAUCAAAUGUGCGAAAUUGUAAAAAUAAAGUCAACAGAAGACUUAAUUAAACUAUA